GCCGCGCCCCACCCGCCGCCUACCGCCACCGCUCCUCCCCCCUCCCGCGUGCUCCUCGUGGGGGUGGUGGGCCCCGCGCCCCGCUCCCCCUCCUCCCUUCCCUCCCACAGGUGCGUGGCAGACCCGCUGCUCCGCUGUACUAGCAAUAAUAAAACAAUUUCAUCAGAGAGCAAAAAUCCGACAAGCAAUCGCCUCGCUGCUCACUGGUCAAACCAAACCUGAUUAGGUGAGGUCACAGUGGAGGAUUAGAAGGGGAGGCCUUGCGGAUUCGGGAGGCGUUCGGGUGGGCGUCGCUGCUGCAGGGGCGGAGGGAGAGGAGGAGGAGGGCGGCGGCGGUGCAGCCGAAGAUGGCGCGGCCGCCGAUCCUGUCCGUCGCGCUGCCGUCCGACACCGGCCGCGUGCUCAGCAUCCAGUCCCACACCGUCCAGGGGUAUGUUGGCAACAAAUCAGCUGUCUUUCCCCUGCAACUCCUUGGCUUUGAUGUGGAUCCAAUAAACUCUGUACAGUUUUCUAAUCAUACAGGAUACCCAACAUUUAGAGGUCAGGUUCUCGAUGGCAAACAGCUCUGGGACCUUAUUGAAGGACUGGAGGAAAACCAGUUACUCCAUUAUACACAUUUAUUAACAGGUUAUAUAGGCUCAGUUUCCUUUUUAGAUACUGUGCUACAAGUUGUUGAUAAAUUACGAUCAGUCAAUCCUGAUCUUGUAUAUGUUUGUGACCCGGUUCUAGGUGAUGAAGGAAAACUGUACGUUCCUCAGGAGCUAAUAUCUGUUUAUCAACAGAAGGUUGUUCCAGUUGCUUCAAUGCUUACACCUAACCAAUUCGAGGUUGAACUACUUACUGGAUUGAGGAUCACCUCCGAACAAGAUGGCUUGACAGCUUGCAAUACCCUCCAUAGCGCUGGACCACGGAAGGUGGUUAUAACUAGCGCACUUAUUGGAGGCAAGCUGCUCCUUAUUGGAAGUCAUAAAAAAACACAGGAACAACCGCCAGAACAAUUUAAGAUUGAGAUACCGAAGAUACCUGCAUAUUUCGCGGGAACUGGAGAUUUAACGACUGCUCUUCUACUAGGGUGGAGUAAUAAAUAUCCUGAUAGCCUGGAGACAGCGGCAGAACUGGCAGUAUCCAGUUUGCAGGCACUCCUAAAAAGAACUGUGGAAGACUACAAAAGGGCUGGCUUUGACCCAUCAACCAGCAGCUUAGAGAUCCGGUUGAUUCAAAGCCAAGACGACAUCCGAAACCCAGUUGUUACAUGCAAGGCAGUGAAAUUUGGCAGCUGAAUCCAUAGCGCUCAUGAGUAGUCAAUAAUGACAGGUGCCUGAAGAAGUACUGUUAAACCAAUUUGGUCUUCACUCUUCUGCAAGUAUGCCGCCCGGACUUCCAACGAGCGCCUGCCCCGACUUCCAUGAAUUGUUGGCUUCAAUUUUGGAGUACAGUGUCUGUUAUGCUAUAGCUCGAAACCCAGAAAUAAUCAAGUUUGAGGAGAGGGAGAAAGAAAUAACGGGCAGGUUGCUUUCGUUACAGUUUGUCAGGAUGCUGUGGCCUAGAGACUGAGAUUGUACAAAUGGCAGAUGCAUCCUUUGGAUACAAUGAAAAAAACAGCAUUCUUGUUGUUUUGGCACUGAGUUGAGGUUUGUUCUGUAACUUUGUUGAUGAACUCCCAUGUUUAAUUCUGCUCGGAUCAGCUCCUCUA